UAUCACCCACCAUACUAGAGUAACAAUAGUAAUAGUUACCUACUACAUGGUGUAGUCAGCCCACAAAGCCGCUUGAUUAUCAUGAUAUCCAUUGGCUGAUCCCCUGUAUAUCGACACUAGCUAGUUAAGUUAGAUGGUUGGUUCCCUGAUGUAUUAUGACUCGAAGACACUUUACAUGAAGUUGUCACCUGGAGCAUACAUAUGACAUUCGGGUAACUAGCAUACAGGUCAAAUAAUCCUCUACCUCUGCACAUACUUGAGAGGCAGUUUGCAUCCCCAAGAAUGUCUCUCAGAAAAUGAUCACAGUCAAUGCAUUGGAUCAAACAUGUCACUCCAACGGCGACAAUCCCAAGGAUACUCGUCAGAUUCGGAUGCCCUGGAUUCAGGGCCCUCCUCUACAAUCUCAUCCACACAAAUGCCUCAGCCCACCGAGGCCGCACCUAAGAGGCGGAGGAAGUUCAUAGUUCAACCUAUCGAAACGUAUUCGCGAAGUUCGAAAGACAGCAGAUUAGGUUCAUACACGACGGAUAUCAAGGAACCGAGCAAUGAGAGAACCAUGAUCCAUCAAGAAUGCGAAAGCACACUACCAUAUUUGCGAAGGGAAUCUCUUGAAAGCAGUACGGCCACAUUGGGCCUUCUGUCCGAACGGCCUGAUUCAGUUUCUGAUAAUAGUCACAUCAAAGCUUCGGACGAGACAAAACGACCAGGGCUUGGACGGAAGCAAUUGAGGAGGUUCCGCCCAGAACUGGUAGAGACGUCGAAAGUAACUAGUCGACGCGCGAGGUCUGAACCAAGAUCUCCCAGAGAAGAUGGCUCGGCCCCAUCUGACAGUCGCUCCCCAGCUGGGCCUAGGAAAUUCGCUCCUCAGCUCAUAGAGACAGCAUCACGCUCAUUUCGCAGACGACAGACGACGAAUUUUUCGUAUGAUGGUCAUUUGGGAGGGUCUCCUUUAGGACACUCAAUUCAAACUCCCCACCGCGCAAACUCAAUUGAUUCCAUGACUUCUCAUGCCCAUGCGGCUCCGGAAUCCCGGUUCUCUUACUCGAGCCUUUUGCGACGUCAAGAAAGCCGAAGGCAUUCUUUCAGGGUCCUGGAUCUCCCUGCAAUCCCUUCCAGUAGUAGCGAAGGAUCCGGUGGUUCAAAAGCUCCAUCGCCAUCUACUUCAGCAUCUGCGUCGUCCGAUGAAUGUACAAAACGCCAAAAGACCAGGAAUUGGUAUCGAGUCAGCUGCGACGAGAAGUUUUCAGGCUUCUUACUCUCCCUAGCAGCACAGUCUGCAGAGAAACAGUUGAAAGAACAGGCAUUGGCAGCUUUUCCAAAUGAGCAGGUGUAUCAGUCAGUAGCGCAUUUCGCCAUCGACAGGGAAGAUGAAGAUUCCAGUGAAGAAUAUCUCCCCGGCCGUGGGGGUGGGGAUAAGCCUCCUUCAUCCCGACGUGGUUCUUCUGCGAAUCUUCCAUGGGAGCUUGAGUAUAUGCGCCGGCAUAAAGAGGAGGCUGAGAGGAAGCAACAAGCCGUGAUUGGAACUACGGCAUCGCUCCAUCCGUCCAAGGUCUCUGCCCGUGAGCCAAUGCCUUCCGACUCCAUAAGUCGAUGGCGAAGAGAAAACGGCUUGACGCAAAUGAAGUGUGCCGCAAGUCCGCCUAUGCUGGGGGGUGACCUGGUUUUCCCUCAAAGUUUAUCACCCGGUGACACCCUUCAUGAAAAUGAUAACACCACUUUUCAGAGCCAACGAAUGCAGGAGGGUGCCCACUGCAGAUGGUUAUGGUCCGCAGAAACCCACGCUGAUAGUAACUGCAGUGGCCUCUGGAUGGGGACAUGCCGCAGGCUAGCAAAAUGCGAGCAGCCACCGUCCCGGGAGGACGCAUUCAUGGCGACAGUAGAUCGGAAUGGUGAUAUUGAAAGAGACUCCAGGGUGGGCGUGAACCCUAUGGAUGGAGUUAAGUAUGUGACCCAUCCGGUUUCAGCUCACCUGUACGGAGAACCUCAUCCGAUGGAUGGUGAAAGCGAGCUUGGUUCUCCAGAUGACAUCGAUAGCGAGUUCCAUGAUGGAUUUGUUACCCAGAUAUAUAACUAUCUCUCUCUUGGCUAUCCCUGUGUUGCUCGCUAUUACGACUACGAGCUCAGCAAGACCUCUGGUAUUCCACUGGAAGACCUUAGGCGAGACGAUGUCCGGACAGGUCCCAAGGGCUACAUUACAGUGGCUGGGGGAGCCACGGGAUGUGAAGACUUAGAUAAAGGGGUUCCCUGUAUGCGUUGGGUCGCUUUGCGCCUUUACAUUCAUGACUGGGCCAGAAGGCGACCAAAAUCACCUGAGAACGGGAAUAUUGAAUCCUGGGGUGUCUGUGAGCGAAAAGGAAGCUGGGCUUUUUGAUUUUAUUUGCGUGUUGUUUUAUCUGACCUCUCAGGAUGUUUCAUAAUGUUUAUGUAUAAAGUUUCUAGAGGGUGUUUAACUACAGUGACCUAGCAAAAAUAUUUGAUCACCCCC